AGGCGACAAUCCCCCAAACGACACCCGCGGCGAGAUGGUCCUCGCCGCCUACGGCAGCUCGCUCUCGCGCGCCAACACCGAGGAGAGCUCGCUCGACACCCUGACAAAGACCACCAUCCCGUACAAGGACCAGGAGCGCAAAUGCUCCUCGUUCCCUCCGCCGCUGAAGGACAUCCGCUUCACGAUGGCCACGUACAUCACACUGACGCAGCUGCUUGGCUUUGCGGGCAUCUUCUUCGUGCCCUACUGCAAGGUCGCCACCAUCUGGUGGGCCUUCAUCCUCUGGCCAAUCACCGGCUUUGGCAUCACCGGCGGCGCGCACCGGCUGUGGGCGCACCGCAGCUACAAGGCGUCCUUCGCCUACCGCUUCGUCGUGAUGCUGGUCAACUCGUGCGCCAACCAGGGCACCAUUUUCCACUGGGCGCGCGACCACCGCACGCACCACUUCCACUCGGAGACGGUGGCCGACCCGCACGACGCGAUCCGCGGGUUUUGGUUUGCGCACAUGGGGUGGCUGUACCUCAAAAAGGACCCGCGCGUGGCGGAGGCGGGGCGCAAGGUCAAUGUGGACGACCUGAAGGCGGACUGGCCCGUCAUGUUCCAGCACCGCAACGACCCGUGGUGGAACUUUGUGUGGUGCUUCUUCAUCCCGGGGUUUGUGGCGCAGCUCGCGUGGGGCGAGACCUUCUGGAACGGCUUCUUCGUGCCGGGCUGCCUGCGGUACGUGUGGGUGCUGCACUGCACGUGGAUGGUCAACUCGGGCGCGCACCUGUGGGGCGGGCGGCCGUACGACCCGCAGAGCAACCCCGCGGAGAACAAGCUCGUCGCCAUCCUCUCGAUUGGCGAGGGCUGGCACAACUGGCAUCACAAGUACCCCUUUGACUACGCCGCCUCGGAGUACGGCAUCCUGACGCAGUUCAACCCGACCAAGCUGGUCAUCGACGUGUGCGCCGCGGUCGGACUCGUCUCCGACCGCAAGCGCGCCACCGCCAUGUGGAAGCGCGAGCGCUCAAAGAUGCAGCAGCAGGCGAGCGGGCGCAAGUCCGAGUGAGUUGAUAUCGCGCGGGCCCCGCGUGCCCGCCGCCUCCGAGGGCGCGACAACCGCCCGGCCUCUGCAUGCAGCGCAGCGCGCGUCGCGGGUUGCGGGGCGUGGCGCCCGGAGGGGGAGGGCGGCGCGCGUUGGGAACGCGCCCGCCGCCCCGGCGACCGCAGACGAGAGGCGCGGACGCACUGUUGUCGAGACGCUCGAGAGAGAGAGAGAGAGGUGUUCUUGUACGGGCGGGGCGGGGCGCUCGUCGCGCGGUCGCGCGCCGGGGGUCGAGUUUUGUUAGAUUAUCGUAGAAAGACGAGAAGAGAUCGGAC